AUGUCUACUGAAACAAACGUCCACUAUUUCUUAUCUUUGAUUUUCAGUUUUUCCAACCUCGACAAGACUUACUUGAAGAAGCUUCAGUUCGAGCCUUAUCCCACAUGUAAUCUUGGUGACAAUUCUGAUGACAGCGAGGAUAAUGAAGAGGAUGAAGAAGGACAGUCCGAAGGAGAGAAGGAGGCUCAGAUGCCCAAGAAGCGAGGCUGUAAAAAGCGAGUCAUUCUGUCUGCUUCGUGCAUCAUUGUUGAUGAAAAUGAGAUCAACCUCGCAUCUCCUGCUUUGCUGGCAAUGAUAUCAUCAGAUGAGUUGCAGACUCUCUGUGAUACCCCAGAGUCAGCCAUGGCCUCCGGUUCUUCUCAACUACUGAUCAGUGAAGAGGUGAACCAAAGGGAUGUGCCAGUCAACUGGGAAAGCCUUGGAAUAUAA